AUGCUUGCCAGGGUUAUUUCGAAGCAUCAGCAGCAAAGGCUCACAUAUCACGAGCUGGAUCUGAAGAGCAAUGCCUUAGCGCGAGGGCUGGCAUCGAUAGGAGUCACAAAGGGAGACCGGGUAGCUGUUUCGCUGGGAAAUGGCAUUGAAUACGCAGUCGCUACAUACGCCCUGUUCAAGCUAGGAGCAAUCUUGGUGCCCUUGAAUCCGAAUUUCAACAUCGCUCAAGUGACAGCAGCUCUCGGUCAUCUGUCGGCUACUCAUCUGAUCAUCAGCACCGAGGCGAACCUCCCACGACGCGAGCCCAGAUCGAAUAUCCCAUUACUGUCGCAGAUUGUCACCAACCUCAGCGGCCCCAAAAUCGAGUCGCAGCUGGUCCCUUCGCUCAAACACAUUGUACUUGUGCAGAAUGAUCCCGGCCGCAUCGAUACAUCCGCUUUUCAAUGCACGACGCUCUUCUCUUCACUCCUGUCCGAGCUUUCACAGGACCAGAGCCCUUUGCCGUUUCAAAACCUCGAUCCAAACGACAUUGUGAAUAUCCAGUUUACUUCCGGGACAACGUCGAUGCCAAAGGCAGCUUGUUUGUCCCACCGAUCAAUUCUGAACAACGGGGCGCAAAUAGGAGACCGGAUGCUUCUUACGCCUAAAGAUGUUGUUUGUUGUCCACCCCCACUGUUCCAUUGUUUUGGCUGCAUUUUGGGAUACAUGGCAACAGCAACCCAUGGCGCUGCGAUCGUAUUUCCCUCUGAAUCGUUCAAUGCGGUCGCAACUCUCAAGGCAGUCCAGGAAGAGAAAUGCACUGCACUCUAUGGUGUCCCUACAAUGUUCGUCGAGGAGCUAGAGCUGCUAGCGGAUGGCACGGUCCCAUACGAGAGUUUCCAGUACUUGCGAACGGGAAUCGCUGCCGGCAGUAGUAUUCCCGCGGAGUUAAUGAAGAAAUUGCACAAAACUCUGAACCUUACGGAGCUCACUAUCUGCUACGGUAUGACAGAAACGAGUCCCGUGUCGUGCAUGACGACAACAGAUGACCCAAUCGACAAACGCAUCAACAGUGUUGGCCGGCUGAUGCCUCAUGUGGAAGCGAAAGUGGUCAAUCCGGUAGACCACGACGAAAUCUUACCAGUUGGUUCUAAAGGGGAGUUGGCUGUCAGUGGCUAUCUGGUAAUGAAGGAGUAUUGGAACGCCCCAGAACAAACCGCUGCAGCCAUGCGGAAAGAUCAAGAUGGGAAAGUCUGGAUGCAUACCGGUGACGAGGCCACGAUGUCAGCAGACGGCUACGUAACCAUCACGGGCCGCAUCAAAGACCUUAUCAUCCGGGGAGGCGAGAACAUCCACCCAUUGGAGAUCGAGAACUGCCUUUUCGCACACCCUGGCGUUUCGAAUGUGUCUGUAGUCGGCGUGCCGGACGCCAAAUACGGUGAAGUCGUCGCCGCGUUCGUCGUCGCACGGGACGAGGGACAGAAGAGGGUGACAAUCGAAGAGAUUCGGUCAUGGGUGAGAAAGAAGCUCAGCAGCCAUCUGGUGCCUAAGUUCGUGUUCUAUCUGAGCGACACCGAGUUCCCGAAGACGGCCAGCGGCAAGAUCCAGAAGUUUGCCCUGCGUGAGCGAGCAAUUAAGCUGUUGAAAGAGGAAGCGGAGCUGAAAGCUUAA